CAGAGGGUCAUGAAUGGUGUUGAUUGGAUAGUCAUCUUGAGUGCAAACUUUCAAAAGAACUGCCUGAUGUUUUUGCUACUGUUUGGCCAUUUGGCGGAUAUGGCUGUGGAGCUUCCGAAAGCUUUGGAAGGCGGGGGCCUGGAGGGCAUGACUUGGACCCUUUGGCACCCUGUUGGGACCAGCCAAAAACACAUUCAUCACAGAGUCACGCUGAGUCAGUCUGCAGGGCUCAAGCCGAAGGGGCGAGUCAGGUCCUGGUAAGGUGCCCGAAACCCUUUCCGUUCCGCUCGUUUACCGAGAAUGCAGCAAGCGGUGGUCACUGCCGUGGUUCUUUUGUGUCUCAGUUCGCUGAGCGCCGCAAUGAAGCUACAUGAUUCCAUCAACACGAGCAUUGGCACCGGCUCCAACGUGUGCCGCAGCUCAAAGGACAGUCUGAAGAUCCUGGCCAAUGAUUUGGAGGAAUCUUUAGGUUACAAUGCAAUGUUUUACAAGGGAUGCCUGCAAUUUGUGAAGAACAACGCCCAUCUCGAUCUCCCCAUCAUGGCUCAAAUCGAGGCCUUCGGCAAGAGGUGCAAGCAAGCGCUUUUCGUGGGUGAUGAGUCGUCCAUGGAGAAGGUUGACCCAAAUCAACUAAAGGCGGAGUGUGACCGGGCCAUCUAUAACAUGGAGGCUCAGUUCCGCAUGCUUGGCCCAGAGUCUUUGAACACCCCAGAGGAGUUUUGUGCGGUCUUCGUCGAUAUGGUGUUGCCCAUCGAAGAUGAGCCUGAGUGCAUGCGUUUUUUGGAGGAUGUGAGCUCGAAACACUUUGAUUUCUUGGGCGCAGCGCACUCAUGGCCUGGGAUCAUACACGAACCUCACCUUGAGGAGGCCUUCAUGGAGGCCUGCUUGCAAGACAAGAAAUUGGAGAGCGAAGAAGAGGGUGUGGUGCUCAACUAUGGAGAUGGUGCUAGGGACUGCCAGAUGAAAAUGGAUCGCGUCUCUGCCAUGCAUUUGCGGAAACACUACAAGCAUUUGGCAGAACUCUUCUCCGAGUUGUGCCCCUUGCUUGGCAAGGAAUUGCCAGACCAUGAAAAACCAAUUCCUUUCCAGAAGACCCGGCGCACCUUGCAUACAGCCCUCUUCCAUCGUGCUGCCAAAUUGCAGGCACGCAGCAACAUCAGCACUUCAGGAACCAAAAAACGCAAGAAACCCUUCAGCGCUUUGCAGAUUCAUUUGGACAAGACGGUGUCUGGGAAGGGCGACGACGGUCGCCGACGUCGCAGCAGGAGAAGGCGCCUCACCCACAAGCAAGCCACUUGCUGCAACGGAGAAGCUCGCAUGUACGAGGUUGGUGUGGAAGCUUCUGCUGGCGUGGCGGUUGGCUAUGGGCAGAUUGUGGCAGAGGGCUUUGAACGCUGGAGAGGCAAUGACUGCGAGUACAAGCUAGGCCACAUGGGUGAGGUUUGCGGGGGCUUGGAGCUUGGUGCUGGCAUCGACGCCACGGUCAGUGCUGGGUGGUUCAAGAAAUGGAGCGAUAUCCUAGGCAAGGCAUGGUUCAAGGGUGGUGGCCUUUGCCUAGUUGGGUGUGCCGGAGUCUCUUUCAUUGAAACCGAGGCCCUUGGUGGGCAAGUGAUUGGUGAAGUGCUGACGGCAGGGGGUGGCAUGGGGAUUGAGGUUUCUGCUGGGUGGUGCAAAUGCUGGAAGUGGGCUCGGGAAGAAAGUUCUUGGGAACGAAGACUCAAGAAAAAGUGUCCCGCAUCAGAUGGUGGAUGCUUCCCAUCCAAUGCCUUGGUGCAAACCCCAGAUGGUCAGAAGCAGAUGCACGAGCUUCGAGUCGGUGAAAAGGUUUUGGCCUUGGAUUCGGCCGGUGCCUUGAUUUUCGAUGACAUCUAUUUCUUUGGCCAUGCACAGCCAAACACUCUGGCAGCUUUUGUGAGAUUGGACAUCGGGGAAGUUAGUUUGGAGCUGACCGGAAAGCAUUUCAUCCAAGUCUGCACAAAAGUUCCCUGCCAUUGGGACGACCGACAGACCAUCUAUGCGGAAGAGGUGCAAGUUGGUCAACAAGUUUGGCUGAUAGAAGACACCAAAGCUGAAGUCUGCUUUGUGAAAUCCAUCCAGAUUGUGCCCAGGCUCGGCCUCUACAAUCCGUACACCUUGUCAGGGAAUAUCGUGGUCAAUGGUGUUGUGGCCAGUGCGCACAGCAGUUGGCUCUUGGAUGCUUGGGCACCUUCUUGGUUGCAAAAGCAUUUGGCUGCGAUCUAUCAGGCAAUUUUCUUCUUUGGGAGGCAGGGGGUAGGGAUGCUGAGAACGAUUGACUUGUUUCCAAACCACGAAUUUAUGGGAGUGUGAGGACUAGACCCUGCGAUCUGGGAGGUGCCUCUAUUUCGUAGCUGGAGAACAAGCAGCUGAUUUCCUUGGAGUCGACAAUCCACAAGUACAAGAGCCUGGCAUCAUGACGUUGGUGACCGUGGCCUGUCCUGCACUUGUCGCUCUUCUUGGGACUCUUGUCACGGUGAAGCGCUUGGCUUCCAAGACAGCGUGAUGUUGCCAGGCAAAGGGUUGCGAGGAACAGCUCGCCAGCCAGCAACAAAGGAGCCUGCGGAUCCUCAAUUUAUACACCCAGCUGGGCCGUGAGCUAGGGCCAUGCCGCAUACGGCACAGCUGAACAUCACAGGUACUUUCAAUGCCCGACGCUCGUCGUUGGCAGCCAAACGGUGGUUUUCUUUUUCAGGGUAAUUCGUGUGACUGGUUGGGUUUGACAAUAAAGAGCAUCAAUGUACACCAUUCGUACCUCCACAUAUACAAUUGGAGAUAGAGGCAACAUGUAUUUUUACAUACGACACUACAUACAUACAUGCACACAGGGGUGAGCACGUGAUCAAGGCAGCCAUUGCGUC